AUGAUCGACAAUACCGGGUUGAAGCAAGCUGUAAGGAAAGAUUAUUUGGAUAAAUUUUUGAAAAAUGAAUUUUUAACGUCUAAAUUGAAUUUAAAUUUUGGAUUCUUGGAAGAGGAUUUAUGUGUUCACUAUUUGCAUUUUUUUUCAGCAGUUGAUGAUGGAUCCCUUAGGAGACCAAACAUUAACAAUCAUAAUCAUGCUGAAAAAAAAGAUGAUAUCAUAGAAGGAAGUGGAGUAAUGCCUAACGCUAAAAAAAGUGGGGCGGUAGGCGAUGUUGAAUGGGAAUCGUCAGGUAUUGGACCAGAUGAUGAGGAUGGUGAUGUACUUGAAGGCUCCGGUUCUCCAGAAGUUCAUGAUUUAGGUUUUGUGCCAGUUAUUAAAGUAUCGCCACCACAUCAUCCUGAAGUAAAGGUCGCCAUAACAUCUCCGCCAUCGGAGGCGGAAAUUAAUGAUGGAAGAGUAACAUGUUCAUAUCAAAAUUUAAUUGAUAGUAUUAUUGGCGUAGCAAGGAUAAUAAUCAAUUGUACUAUGAAAGAGAUAUUCAUAUGGGUUCAUGUAGAUAUUCACGAAGAACGUAGGCCAAAUGAAUUCGAUAUUGCGAUCGAAGAAAUAACAACGACGUUAAAAACAUUGCCGACAAGGAGGCCUGUGGAUAUGACUACUGUGCGAUCAUUAGUUCCAGCGAUUUUCGAAAAUGAUGGAAUUGUUUCAGUGCAUGUUCUACUUAAACCUGGUAUACUGGCUGACUUUCGUGGAUAUUGUUUUGUUGAAGUUGUUGAAGUUGAGAUUUUUGUUGAAUUGAGUUAUUCAGAAUUGAACCAACUAUAUUAUGAACAUGUUGUCAGUACAGCCUUUUUCUUCCGAUUAUUUAAGACUAAUUUUUGUAUAUGUUCAGAUUGGAAUUUGCUGAUUACUGAUCUGCUAAUGAAUAUUGCUUAUUAUCUUGAUCUUAAGUAUUGA